AUGGCCCUGAAGAACCUACAGUUGUUCCAGCCCAAGACUGACAUGUUAUAUCGCCAUGGUACGCCCAUGAAAGCGCCACCCACUGCCCUGAGUAGAAGCAUAUCCAAGUCUGCGGAGACACUCGUGGCUACUACCAGAAAUGGUAAAGAAAUCCGAGCCCGUAAGACCCGCAGCACAGAGCAGCCUGGAGCUGGUCUGGUCAAGGGGGCUAGUUCCUCAGUGCUGCCAGCCCUGGUCAAAGGCUGGGGGCGGGAUGACGACAGCAUACAUAGCCGGUCUAGAAACAAUAGCGGCAGCAGCAGAGCUGGUAGUUUGGACCGUAGCACCCGAGGCUCCAGCACUACCCUCAACUCUGACGAGGACAACAUCAACGUCGUCGUCAGAAUCCGGCCCUUCAAUGAGAAGGAGCGAUCAUGCGCCGAGAAGGAAAUCCUGGAGUUUCCCGGGAGAGGCCAAGUGGUCUGCAACACUGACGCCCCUGGACAGAAGCCCAAGGUCUUCUCUUACAACGUGGUCUUCGAACCUGCUGCUACUCAGGAAGAUGUUCUGGAAUAUUCCGGCAUCAAGAGGCUACUAGAAAUGGCAAUAGAAGGAUUCUCGUGUACAGCGUUCUGCUAUGGACAGACGGGAAGCGGGAAGACGCACACUCUUACAGGACCACCUGGAUUGGUGGAGAAAGGCACGAGUCCACAUAACCCCGAGCACGGCCUGGUGGUCAGAUCAUUUGUGUACCUCUUCAAGUUGAUCCGGGAGCGGCCAGACUGCCACUUCAUAUUAAAGGCGUCAUUCUUAGAGAUUUACAAUGAGAAGGUGAUAGACCUACUGAACCCAGGCACCUCUAGAAAGCCUCUCCAAGUGCGGUGGUCCAAGGAAAGCAGGAGUUUCUACGUGGAGAACCUAUUCACGGUGGACUGUGAAGAGCUGGAUGAUUUGUUUGCUGUUUUGGAAGAAGGGAUGAGAAACCGCGCAGUAGGCGCGCACGCAAUGAACGCUCACUCGUCUCGCUCGCACACGCUGUUGUGCGUGCGCGUGCGCCGCGAUCUACGGAACGCCGGUGACGUCACUUGCUCUACUCACGGGAAGAUCAAUUUCGUCGAUCUGGCUGGCAGCGAGAUGACUAAAAAGACUAAUAGUUCUGGAAAGACGCUGGAGGAAGCUAAUAAUAUAAAUAGAAGCCUAAUGGUGCUAGGAUACUGUAUAGCUCAACUUAGUGACGGUAAAAAGAGAGGGCACAUCCCUUAUAGGGACAGCAAGCUGACGAAGCUGUUGGCCGACAGCCUCGCGGGGAACGGAGUCACUUUGAUGAUAGCGUGCAUAGCCCCCUCGAAGUCAAAUCUCAGUGAGACGAUAAACACGCUGAGAUAUGCCGCUCGAGCCAAGAAGAUCAAGUCCAAGCCCAUCGUCAAAAUGGACGCCCGAGAUGCCCUCAUCCUAAGUUUGAAGAGAGAAGUGGAGGCGCUUCAGGCAGAAAACCAGCACUUGCGAACCGCUCUCCACGUGCAAACAGAUUACAAUAUGGAUUCAUACGGUCAUCGGCGUACCCCAACCCGGAUCGAACCAAACAAACUGUACCAACUGCCGCAAACGGAACUAGUGGAACUGGUGCAAAUACACAUGGAGGAGAACACCGCUUUGAGGAAUGAAAACAGCGAGUUGUUCGGAGUCAGGGACCAGCUGCUGAGGGACCAGGAGCUGCUGAGCAGGGAGAAUGAGAGGCUGCUGAAGAAAUUGGAGGAUGUUAACUCUGUUUGUGUCAGAUCGCCGAUCAUCCCCGCGCGGCCGGCUUACACGGACGAGACCAACAUUUGGACCAACCCCUCGGCGUCCACCGCCAGCAGUGUAAGUGGAGGCAGCUAAGUAUCCAGAACAUUGAAGUCUGUGAAUUGUCAAGACAAACAUGCUCCCAACAAAUAAUAUUGAAAUUUUGUCAAAAAUCUCAUCAGACGAUAAAUUAUUUUCGAUGUGGCCAACAUUUGGCCCAACCCUUCAGUGUCCACCAGCAGCAGUUCAAGUGGAGGCAGCUA